AUGUCUAAACUACCUAAACUAUCAUUGAAAAUAAUCCUCUUGCUGUUCUCCUGUCAAGUAUACCUUGUGCAUUGUAUAAUUCCAGAACAAUGUGGUGCUAAUUUAACUCUUGGUAUACCAGUCUGUUGCCCAGUUAGUCAUGAUACAAAUGAAGUUUGUGGUGGACCUAAACGUGGUGAAUGCAUUAAAGCCUGGACACCGAAAGAAUCUGUACCCAGUGUAUUUCUUAUUGAUGAUCGAAUUGACUGGCCAAAUCGAUAUUUCACUUACUUUUGUCAAUGUAAAGAUAAUUAUUUCGGUGUUGCAUGUGAUGAAUGUUGGUUCGGUUGGAUUGGUAAACAUUGUAACCAACGGCAUCGUAAAAUACGACGUGAUAUACGUACAUUUUCUGAAAAAGACUUGAAUAUAUUUAAAUCAUUAGUCUUGCAUAGUCAAACAUGGCCAUCUGGUUACUUAUUGGUUGAUGAAUCGGACAAUUGGAAUGUUGAUCCAUUAAGAAAACCGAAAUUGUUUCAUGCAAGUAUACAACACUUCUUGACUUACCUGCAUCAAUAUGGUAGUCGUAGUACAUUGUAUAAAAAUGUUAAAGAUUGUGAAGAAUACGGGAUAUUGAAUUUUAAUCAUGAUGGUGUCGUUUUUCCAACAUGGCAUAGAUACUCCUUAUUACUAUGGGAAAGAUUAUAUGCAAGAAUGGCUAAAGUGUUAUUCGGACUGGAGGAUUAUGCAGCACCUUAUUGGGAUUGGAUUGGUAAAGACCAUUGUGAUAUUUGUAUUGAUAAGUAUAUCGGUGGUCCAGGUCAUCGUGAUGAAUUUGGGCUACAUUUGUCACCGUAUUCACCAUUUCAUAAUCUUACAGAAUUCUGUUAUGAACCGUAUAAGGAUAAAUUAUGCGCUGGUUGUCAGUACACAGAUGAACCGCCGACAAUUACACGUCACUUUACUGUCACUGAAUUUCCAGAUCGAAGAGAUUUAGAAUUUGUUUUAGGCAAAAAACAAUUUUUUGUUCCUGGUGAACGUGAAAGUAAUCGAUGUGAUUCAUUUCAUAUGGCAUUGGAAGGUUAUUGUGGUCGACCAGGUGCUGAUCCAACUUAUCGAUGGUUUCAUAAUAAAAUGCAUGUUAUGAUUGAUGGAAGUAUGUGUUGUGCAGCCACUUCAACAAAUGAUCCAAUCUUUCUGUUACAUCAUACUUUUAUGGAUAAAAUAUUUGAGUGUUGGCUACGAUUGCGCAAACCAAAAGUAGAAGAUUAUCCUGAUAAAGGUGUACGUCCUGGACAUUCACGUUAUUCAUUCACUGUUGGUAUAAUACCAUUGGCAAGAAAUAUUGACUUUUUCGCUUCUUUAGAAUAUUUUGGAGUAACUUAUGAUAAUUAUUGGUUUGGAAGAUUCUCCGAUGAUGGACGUCCUCCAUAUUACUGUCCUUGA